CACUUUAUCAUUUCUCCACAGAUACAACUUGAAGGAAGAACAGUUAUUUAUGUUUAGGUUGGCACAUUAUGAUGUGUAGAGAUGGUAGUGUGUUAGCAUAGAUCAUCAAUUGUAGUUUUACGAUGCCAGCUGGAAGAAGAUGGAACCAAAUAUUAGUGAUGUUACUGGUCAUGAUGUUUCUUUUCAACACCUGGCUUAUUAGGACCGUUAACUGGAUGAGUAAGCAGCCUUGUUUUUCAGAAUCGUCCAAGAUUCCAAAUGACGAUAUCUUCAGGGAUAGUCAGGUUAAAUGGCAGGCAAGAAUGCUUCCGAAUGUCAAAGGUGAACAUCUAAAUUCAGAAGGUUUUUUAACAAUUGGUAUUCCUACUAUACAUCGUGAGAAAGGCUUCUACAUCCUGGAAACACUACAGUCAAUCAUAGACAAUACAUCCGAAGAAGAUAAAAAGAUGAUAAUAAUUGUUGUCUUUACUGCCGAUUUUAAUGCUACCUAUAAUCAGGAAGUUUCCCAACAAAUUGGAAAAAGAUUCUACAAUUUUGUGGAUUCAGGUUUAAUCCGAGUCAUCCAGGCUCCAAAUGGCUACUACCCCACUUUCCAAAAUCUUAAACACAAUUAUGGGGAUAGUGAAAAACGUGUAAUAUGGAGAACUAAACAGGUUUUAGAUUACGCAUUUCUUUACCAGUACUGCUACAACUUAACUGACUAUUACAUGCAGCUAGAAGAUGAUGUAAGGGCUAGCCCGAAAUUUGUGCAAUCAAUUCAAGAAUAUAUAGUACUGAACAUGAAUGAGAACUGGAGUACUUUGGAGUUUUCUGAGCUGGGAUUCAUUGGGAAAGUCUUUAGAUCGACAGAUUUGAAGCGGUUCAUGGACUUUGUACUCAUAUUUUUUCAAGACCAGCCAAUAGACUACUUGCUUAAAUAUUUCAAUGUACUCAAUGGACAGAAGAAAACCUUACUUCGUGUUCCAUCGCUUUUUCAGCAUGUUGGAACUUUUUCCUCAUUGCAUGAAAAAGAACAACCAUUGAAAGACCGAUUCUUUGAAGAAAAUGGCCGCACACACUUUGCAGAUAACCCCCCUGCUGAAGUCUACAGUAGCAUUUCCACCUUUAGUAUGUAUGCACCAAAUUUAGCCUACACGAAUGAUCCUGGGUAUUUUUGGGGACGCGUGCCAAGAGUCGGUGAUGUUAUCCUGGUUAUUUUUCAUGAAGCUGUGCGAUUGAAACGUGUUGUAUUUGAAACUGGAUCAUCUGGUCAUCCGCACGAUAUUCUAUACAGCGCACUUUUAACAGCCGGGAGGCAGGUGUUAAAAUUUAAUGAGAAUUCCCCACCCACAUGCCAAGAUGAGGUAGAGCUGGCGGUUUUUAACAAUGGCAAAAUCGAUGUGCAGGACAUUGAUGAUGGAAUCAAAUCUGAUGUGGCGUGUCUGAAGGUCUUGAUAACUGGAAGUCAACCUAAUUGGGUAUUGCUCCGUGAAAUAGAUGUUUGGGUGAAAAAAUGAACCACCAGUUUAAUAUAUUUUUGUCGUCGUCAUCUUCAUCAUCAUUAUUAUAUUAAAGGAGUAUGAAUUGAGAAAUUUAAACAUGGCAGUAUACUGUAUUUUUGGGGUUGUGUAUUUAUCAUUCUUCAGUUUCAAAUAAAAGAAUGUACAGACAGUGUCAUACUACGCAGCCCAACACAAUUUAUCGUUGGGGGACAGUCUUAAGCCGUCCUGAGAAAUAUUAAACAUGUUUUGGCAUUCUAUGACGUGACUGCCCCCGUCGUACAACAUCUGAAUUGGCCUUUACCAAUCAUACACAAUGGGGUGUAUGAAUCAGUAUCAGUUAUAAGUGCCUUGCCCAAGGAUUUGAUUCGGUGUGGGACUGUGGUAGCGGCAAUAUUUGAUCAAAAAAGGGAGGGAGGGGUUUGAAGAUGGCAUUACUGAUGGGCCCCAAAUCCUCUGAUGAUAGUGCUGGUGGCAAGGCACCUAAAGCUCUGACAAUUAAAGGGUUGAAAGGCUUCGAAAAUAUGUACCAACCCCAAAAUACAUAAAAAAAAACUUUAAUUCGAUGUAUUGUGUUCUUCUUGGAAGGACCAUCUCUCCCUGAUAAUGCCUGACCCUCCCCCAAGGGCUAUCACUGGUGUGGGAUUUAGACCAUUGACCAUGGUUGACAGCCAUGAUUACCACAGCUGUUCUGUCACCUGUUGUUGCCUGAUAAAAAGCAAUAUUCCUUUUGAAAUAUAGAGAUGAUGAUUAUAUUGAACUUUUUACAUUAUGUGCCUGAGGCCUAUUUGCUAACUGAAAAUGAAUCCCUCCAAAUGGUUGUACCUACUUUUGUAAUGUAGAAUUUAUGAUAGCAAUUAUUUAAUACUUUAUGAAAUAUUGUUCAAUGGUACAGUAUGUGUAAUGUUAAUUAGGUAGAGAGUGCAAUUAUCAAAUUCAUUCCAAAUAGUAGUACUAUUGUUCAGUGGCGUAACCAAGAGGCCUGAGGCCCUACUACCCUGGGGAAGUCACACUUCUUGUCAUUUUUUUUUAUGUCUUAGGCUUGUAUGUUAAUGUUUUAUUACAUGUCCUGAUACUUUGAAAGGUUGAUUUCAGGCAAAAUAGAAUACAGUAUUGCUGAAUGUUCCGGGGCACCCUUAUGAUCUGGGUCAUGGCUUUAGCCAGUAACCUCAUAGCUGUUGCGUCACUGCUAUUGUUGAAGCCUGUAAGAGCAGCCUAGGUUAGUAUUCAUUCAAUUGAUCCCCAAUCAGAACAGGGAUAGUAUUUGCUAUAUGGAUAGUAUCACAUGCUGUCCUAAAUGCAUGUGUUCAGGUGUUUGUGCUGUUGUUUUGUUGGGACUUAGCCCUACUAUUCAAAGUGAAACAGUACAUUAAAUGUUUUUUUUUUAAAUUUAUUUUAAGGGCUAAUCAGAUUCGUCAUUUCUUAGAGUUUUUUGAUUUGUUAAUAGUGUAUCAUGAAUUGCCUAUAAUGCUAUCAACUAGAAAGCUUCAUUGGUGCAAUAUACUGUACUGCCUAGGUUUGACUGAAAAUGUAGAAAUAAUAAGAAUUUUAAAUAUUGUUUAUCUUGGGUUUAUGGCUAUCAACUUUCACACCUUGAAAUACUUUUUGAAUAAACAACAUACUUUAAAUUCAACUACUGAA